AAAAUAAAUCUUCAAGAUACAUUAUGGGGACUCCCGCCAUUGAUCCGUGAUUCCGAAGCCUGAACAGAUAUCUGGUAUUUGGAUGGAGAUUUUAAACAACAUCGGUGAUUUACUAUCCGACACAAAAAAUAUUCAUAUAAAGAAUGGCACAGUCAAUCUGCCAUUACCUGAUGCUUACUUGGAUUUUUUGAAGAGGAAUGGAUUGGAUCCCUCUAUUUAUGAUGACCUCGAGUCACUACCUCGUUAUGUAAGACUAAAGCCUGGAGUAGAGUCUCAAUUAGGUGAGAUUGAAGCCGAGAUAGGGCGUAGGCUUGAGAAGGUUGUUUGGUUGCCAGGAUUCUUUGCUUUACCACCCCAUAUUCACAUAGCAAGUUCCAAUCCAUAUCGACAAGGAAAGCUCUAUGGGAUGGAUGCAGCAUCUGGAGCUGCUGUUGCGGCACUCAAUAUUGUUCCUGGUGAUCACGUUCUUGACCUUUGUGCUGCUCCAGGUGCCAAGCUGUGUAUGAUAUUGGACCUCCUAAGCAGCUCGGGUUCCUUGACUGGUGUUGACAUUGCGAGGCAUCGUUUGGCAGCAUGCCGAACGAUGCUGCAAAAAUAUGGUUUGGGAGAUCAUUGCCGUCUUUUUGUUGCUGAUGGAACAUCAUUUUGUCUCCUACCGCUGAGGACUUGUGUGGACUUGAAAUCAAACUCCGAGUGUGCAUUGGAUAAAAAAAAAGCACUAGGUGGGUCUACAUGUGACAAAACAUCUGAUGUGUACAUGGAGUGGAAACCUAGAAGGCAUCAAAAGGUAUCAAAGAAUGCAAACAAAGCAAGGGCUGGUGGUGCUUCAACAUUUGAUCCAAUUAAAGUGGAACCGGAAUUAAUAUAUUAUGGAAAGAAUUCUGGCUUGAUUGGUCUUAAGAAAAGCGAAUUGUUUCGAUCUUACUGUGAAGAUAAGGCUUUUGAGUUCGGAUAUGACAAGGUCCUUGUAGAUGCUGAGUGUACUCAUGAUGGGUCUCUAAAACACAUUCAUAAAUUUGAGCAAUGGGGCUGGGAAACUCUUCAACGUCGAGUAUUGGAUGCUCAAAGGACCACAAGCUCUAUUACACUCCUCCAGUUGCAGCUUCUAACAAAUGGUUAUAGAUUGCUUAAAGUUGGAGGUGUUCUUGUAUACAGCACCUUGGACAGUUUAACCAUUGCACAGAAUGAGGAUGUAGUGGAGCAAUUUCUUUCUGAGAAUCCUUCUGCUGUUACCGCACAUUUCAAGCUCAAGGGCUCUCCUGUGUAAUUUGGUUCUCCAUAUAGAUAGAAGUGCAUUAUAAAUUCCAACCCAUAUUUAAAGUUACCUUGUGCUUCUUGGCAGUAAAGAUAAAUCCAUUAUAAGUUCCGUCCAAGUUUCCUUAUCAUGUUUGUUUGGCAAUAAAUAAUAGCAAAAUAUGAAAGUCAUUAUUCAUUUACAGAAAGUGCACUAUAAUCUUCAUGAUUUUAGGAAAUAUACAGUCAUGAGUGUUAUCACCGUCCAAUGAAUCAUUGGACAGUGUUGGAAAAGCGAGUGGGAUCUGACAAAAAGCAACACGACUUUGAUGGUGAUUCCUGCCCUCUCUCUGUCACCGUCUAACCCAGAUUGGAUGGUGACGAUCCUCAUGAACAUAAAUUGCAGAUGGUAGUAGGAACAUGGUACGCUUUUCAUAAGAAAUAAUGGGCUUCUUAGUUGUCCAUCAUUUGUGCAGUGAUUAGAAAGGUGGACUCUUAUAGGGACUCACUAGGGUCUCGAUCCCAGUCGAGUCCAAGCAGGGUAACUUUUUAAAAAACAAAUUUUAAAAGGUUAUAUACAUUCUCAAAACAAAAUUUUAAAAGUUUAUUAGAACAGGGGUGGUUCCGGUCGGAUGUUCCCCUUUCUCCCCCAGAAUCGCCUGGCUCCUGAUCCAGGCCUUCCCAAGUAGGCUCGAUGAUUUAAACACUGGUUUGGUGAAAUAACCACCACAACUACCCCCAUCUCCCUCCUCUCUCUCUCUCUCUCUCACAGACAUUGAAGGGAUUU